GAAAAAAACAAAUAUGUUCUAUGUUCAGAAUCUUCAUUAUUUUCAAAAGUUUAAUUUUUUAAUAGAAACAUUUGUUGUGCCAGCAUCCAUUGGAACAAUUAACGAAGAUUGUUGUCUAAAACGCUAUAUAAUUAAAAGAAUAUUCUAACCAAUCAAACAAAAUCAAAAAUAUUUUUAUGUUUUUAGCUAGUUUGGAUAUCGAUUUGUGGGACAUCCCGUGUAUGCGAACGCCAAUGGGAAUUUAUUAAAAUUUUCGCCUUGACGAUGACCGAAACAAAUCGAAACGUUUCGUAUUCGAUACGUCUUUAUUCCUUUCGCUCUGAUUGUUUGACAGUUGUUUCUAAUAUUUAUUACGGCCCGGAUCGAAACGCAUUCCGCAAACUGAUAAUCAAGAAUUUCUUUAGAAUUAUAAUAACCGAUAAAUUGCAGCGUUUGCUGCAUGUAGAACGCCGCAAUAGAACGGAAGUCUAAAACCCCCCUCAAAAUGGCAAAUAUAUAGAUUAUUACGAGUAGUAAAUUAUUUAUGAUCGCUAUAGGUUGAUCAUAAAUACCAUGCAAAGCGUUCCGUAAUGGCUUCUCGUGAUAUUUCUCAAGGCGAUGAGAGAAAAUUAGAUACGAAAGCGAUGACAUAUGUAUCCGACAAUAUGGUACUCAAGUUUCAGGAAGAUGAAGUGGUUUCGGAAACAGGACGAAUCUCCGCGUUUGCUUAGUCUAUCUCCACUGCGUUCUUCGGAAAACCAAGAUGUUCUCACUCAUAGUCCAUCGGAGAAGAGAGAUGGCGGAAAUACGGAGCCUAAUUCGCCGAGGGCAUCAAAAUUCAACGCCAAACAUCGUUCAAGAAUCGAUAUGACCCCAACGUCGUGGGCAAGACGACAUUACAACAAAACAAAUACGAACUUCUACAGCGUAGAAGACAGUGUAGUUUUUAUUGACAAAUCUGAAAAAAAGAGACACAAAAGUCAACCGAGAUUUACCAACCCUGACGAGAAGAAAAAUCCUCUGUUAGACAAAGUGAAACAUACGAGACUAUCGUGUUUUCGAUCUGGUUCUAGCGCUUCCACUAUGAACGAUGAUACCCCUUCGUCUAGUGCCACAGAGUCCAGCCCAUCGAAACCUAGUGAUAACGAUAACGACAAUGUAGAUUGCGGCGAAGACAGCCUAUCACGAUCAUCCUGUUUCGCUGCCAAAUUACGCGCGAUGUCCGAAAAAUAUUUGAACUCCAAAAGUCGCUUCUUAAAUAAAGUGUCCAAAAAUUCGUCCGAAUCUAAAAUGGCCAAAAAACUUGUCAAAAAGCGCAGCUUCUCGUACGGCGCUUUGCCCGAUUUAGAAACGUUCCCCAAGGGCGUAAUCUAUCACGAUGGCGCCCAAUCCAAUGAAGAAGAUCGUUUUUUAUUAGACCACGAAGACAGUGACAGCGGGAUCUUGGUGAACGAUUCGUUUGCGUCGGCAUUUAACGACUCGUUCAUAUCACAAUCGACCGAAGAAAAAAUCACGCACCUAUUAGAACGCACUAACGGACGUCGAAAUUCAUUUUCGGAUGCAGUUUUUCACAAUCCCUGCAAUAAAAAAGUCGUGUCGGUGAAAUUGGUGAAACAGUAUCCGGAAGAGGAUUUGGGGAUCUGCAUAUCGAGAAGCAAACAAGCAUCGUGCGACUAUUUGGUCGGCGAAAUUCUACCUGAUAGUUUAGUUUCAAGAGAAGGGAGUUUGCAAUUAGAAGACGAAAUCGUCAGCAUAAAUGGUACCCCUAUAGGUAAUCUCAGCAUUGCGGAAGCAAAGAGAUGCCUAAACCCGUUGAACCUAACUAUAGAAGUGGUUGUAUUAAGAUCUCCCAUCAAAGAGACUUCAGUGGACUUCGAAAGCAACAGAAAUUCGCUAAUUGAAACCAAAAUGGACGGCAAACGUCAGGGUUUUCAAAAAAACAACGCCAUUCACGGCAGUUAUAAUAAGAUGUCGCGACGGUCUUCUUCAAAAAAUAUUAUCAACAACACGCGGGAUACGAAUGGAGCCGAAUCGGCUUCCAAUUUUUGUACAUUGCCCCGCCGUCCUGCUUCGACCUUAUGUACUUUUCAUACCGUCACGUUAGAAAAAGGAGUGGGAAAGAAAUCUCUUGGAUUCACUAUAGUGGGCGGUAGUGAUUCCCCUAAGGGUGCGCUUGGGAUUUUUGUGAAAACUAUCAUGUUCAACGGACAAGCAGCUGAAGAUGGAAGACUAAAAGCGGGAGACGAAAUACUUGCAGUCAAUGGUCAAGUUUGUCACGAUAUUUCACAUGCCGAUGCCGUGUUGCUAUUCAAGAGCGUUAAAAGCGGACCGAUUACUUUACACGUUUGCAGACGAAAGAAAAACAAACGCGCAUCCAAAGCCAAAUCUUGUACCAACAUAACGAAACCAAAUGGAAAUUAGGACAAAUGAUACAUAAUUAUCUAACGCAAAGGACUGAAUAACUAAAUAAUUGCAUAUAUAUAUUUGUAUAAAUAUUUUUUCCAAAAUAAAGUUAUUUCGCAAAAAGUUCGUGUUUUUUUUUUGUUAGUCGGUUGAUUGCAUUGCGAAGUGGGUGCAACGAAACAGGAAAUCGAACAAACCCAGCCAAAUAC